CAGGUGUCUGGGUCGUCUUGAAAGCUUUGGAAUUCAGGUUGUUGUUUUAGAAUUAGCCUUGUGUGAAUUUCGGAUUAUUUAGGUAUUUACUGUUGGUUCGAUUAGUCUUGUAUCAUGGCAAUGCUAAAACAUGUGUGCCAGACGAUGAGAAUGGGAUUAUGUCGCAGAGCAGCAGUGCCUACCGCUAAUUACCACGAAAACGUCAUAGACCACUAUGAGAAUCCACGCAAUGUAGGAUCAUUAGAUAAAACAGAUUCUAAAGUUGGAACAGGCCUGGUUGGUGCUCCUGCAUGUGGUGAUGUCAUGAAGUUACAGAUAAAAGUUGAUAAAAAUGGUAAAAUUAUUGACGCUAAGUUCAAGACGUUUGGGUGUGGAUCAGCUAUAGCAUCAAGUUCACUUGCUACAGAGUGGGUCAAGGGCAAAACCCUUGAUGAAGCAUCGAAAAUCCAGAACACACAGAUUGCAAAAGAACUCAGUCUACCACCUGUUAAACUACAUUGCUCAAUGUUGGCGGAAGAUGCUAUAAAGGCUGCUCUCAGUGAUUAUAAAGUUAAAAAUAAAGACAAUGAAGACAGAAAAGUAGCAGAAGCACAGUAAAGUUACCCACAAUGCAAAACUUAAAAUGGCUUCUGGUUUUGAAGUACUUCUGAAUAAUUGCUUGUCACUUUGUGCGGAUUUAUUGAAGACUUGGUUGUAUCUUACUGUGAGUAGGCCAUGCCACAGUGAUGUUCAAAUGACAUAUUACAAAGUGUC